GUUUCUUGCAGCUUGUUUUCUGUUACAAACUUGGAACAUAAGAGGAGUACUCUUGAAAGUUCUCCGGUACAAGGUGAUGGAGAGAGGGGUUUGAUUCUUUGACCAUCCUAACUAGACAUUUAUCUGGAAGUGGCAUCACAUCAUUGGAGUUUGAGAAGAUUUUGAACUGAUGCUAGGAUUAAAGUUUUGGUAGAAGUAUAAUAAUUAGUACUUGGCCCAUUUUAUAAUAUUUGACUGAUAUGAUGAGUUUAAGAUGUUAAUAUGAACUUAAUUUUAUAUUACUGACAUUGAUAGAAAUAUCAAGAGUACUGGUUUAAAGUAGUUUGAUAAAGUAAAUAUCACAUCACUUUUAAAGUUUGGAUUGUUUAAUGAAUUUGAUUUCUUAAAGGUAUGAAAGUUGUAAAGAAAUGUUAUUAUGUUGAACAUCUUGGGAUGUCCUGAAAUGGGGAAAGAGUAUGUAUAAAUCGGAAUGGAGGGAGUGCUAGAUGUCAGCAUUAAUAUACUCACUAUGAUGGCAUUGCUGGAGGACUUGUAAAGGUUGAGAGGAGGGAAACUGUAGUAAGAGCCACUGGAGGGCGGCGAAUGCGUCGAAGACCAGCUUCUUCAGCUGCCAGCACAUCUUCGGCUGCAGCCACUAUAAAUGAACUGGCUGAUGACAGUGAUGAUGAAGAACCUGGAGAUGGAUAUUAUGCAGCAAAAUCAUCAAAGAAAAAGGAAAAGAAGCGUCAAGAGCGGGAUGCACAAAGACAGGCUGAAGAAGCUGCUCGGGAAUCAAGACAGACAAAGCAAAGCCACUAUGACGAAAUCAGGAGGAAGAAGGAGGAAGAGCGUGAAGCUAAAGAGCGUGCACUGGAAGAAGAAGCCAAGGCUCGACAGGCCAAAGAGGAAGAAGCUGCUGCCUUAGAGUUUGAAAAAUGGAAAGGUGAAAUUUCUGUUGAUGCCGAAGGAACUACUGAAAAUGAAGUACAAGAUGGAAGCCAGGGUCUGCUUUUUGAUUUUGUGGAAUACAUUAAGAAACACAAAUGUGUGCCGUUGGAGGAUCUUGCGGCAGAAUUCAAGUUAAGGACUCAGGAGUGUAUCAAUCGUAUCCAUUCGCUUGAAGAAAUGGGGAGACUUUCCGGUGUCAUGGAUGAUAGAGGGAAAUACAUAUACAUCUCACUAGAAGAAAUGAGAGCUGUCGCCGACUAUAUUAGACGCGAAGGUAGAGUCAGUAUCUCACACUUAGCUAGCAAGUCUAAUCAAUUCAUAGACUUGGAACCCAAGGUUGAGUUAGUUGAGGAUAUAGCCAGCAUUGAGGAGACCACUGUUGCUUGCUAAGUCGCUCGGACUCUUCGAAAAUGUCAUGGGGUGCGUGGUGGAUCCUUGAAAAGUAGUGCAUUUUCGGAGGCUCCGACACAGGUGCGGCAACAUUAUUAGGGAUGUUCAAAUGAACUUUUAUGUAUAAUUCUAUGGAAAAUCAAAUGUUUAAUAGGACAUAGUUUACCCUAAUUUACAUGCAUUUUCUUCUCCUAUCCUGUUAGGGGGGUGUUCAUCAGUCGGUUCGGUACUCUCUUAGAAGCUUUCCGUCUGAUAUUUUCGGUUUUUGAUUUUUAAAAAUGUUCGACCAAUAGCAUACCGAGGUUAGUUCGAUUUGGUUCAAUUUUUCAUUUUUUCGGUUUGGGUUAUCGCGUUUCAA